AUGGCGGCCGAUUUGAGCGGCGAGCAAAUGCAGGCGAAGAUCACCGCUGCCCGUCGUGAGGCAGAGGGUCUAAAGGAUCGCAUCAAGCGCAGGAAAGAUGAGCUUGCGGAUACCUCUCUUCGUCAAGUCGCACAGAACAAUACGGACCCCCUUCCACGAAUUGGAAUGAGACCGCGACGGAACUUAAAGGGCCACUUGGCCAAGAUCUAUGCGAUGCACUGGUCGACAGACCGCCGCCAUCUGGUUUCUGCCUCUCAAGACGGGAAACUAAUCAUCUGGGAUGCAUACACAACAAACAAAGUGCACGCCAUCCCCCUAAGAUCGUCAUGGGUGAUGACUUGCGCCUAUGCCCCGAGCGGUAACUAUGUCGCCUGUGGUGGUCUAGACAACAUCUGUUCCAUCUAUAAUCUUUCCUCUCGAGAAGGUCCAACCCGUGUCGCACGAGAAUUGUCCGGCCACACCGGUUACCUGUCAUGUUGUCGUUUCGUAAAUGACCGUCGAAUCAUCACUUCUUCCGGCGACAUGACCUGUAUGCUAUGGGAUAUCGAAUCGGGGUCGAAAGUCACUGAAUUCGCCGAUCAUCUGGGUGAUGUUAUGAGCAUCAGCAUAAACCCGACAAACAACAACGUUUUCGUCUCCGGCGCAUGCGAUGCCUUUGCUAAACUCUGGGAUAUCCGCGCUGGGAAGUCGGUACAAACAUUCUCCGGUCAUGAAUCGGAUAUCAAUGCCAUCCAGUUCUUCCCUGAUGGCAAUGCUUUUGGUACCGGAUCGGACGACACCACCUGCCGUCUAUUCGAUAUCCGCGCGGAUAGAGAACUUAAUACAUACCAGAGUGAUCAAGUACUUUGCGGUAUUACUUCCGUUGCGUUCUCAGUCUCUGGUCGACUUUUGUUUGCUGGCUACGAUGAUUAUGAGUGCAAGGUCUGGGACGUUCUAAGAGGAGAGAAGGUCGGUUCACUGAGUGGCCAUGAAAAUCGUGUCAGCUGCCUGGGCGUCAGCAACGAUGGAAUCAGCUUGUGCACAGGAUCUUGGGAUUCUCUGGUGAGCGUUCAAUGA